AGCGCGGAGAUGGCGGCGGGGCCGGGGGAGCCGGAGUGGGGGCGGCCGGGUACCGAGGCUCUGGCCUUCUGGCAGCUGCGCGACCUGGUCGCGACCCAGGAGGCGCUAAUAGAGCAGCUGCGGCUCCGGAUCACAAUACAAGAGGAGAAUUUUGUACGUAAGGAGGAUUAUGAGGCUGUUGUGAAGAAGUUGGAGGUAAGUAACUUCUUGGUAGUAAAGACUUACAUCUUCAUACAUUUUGAAAACCAUCUGGUAUCAUGGGGCUCUGAUCCUGGUGGAAGCCUCAAUGAAUAAUGUAACAAUUUCCAUUUCUAUUGGAAACUAGGCCAAACGGAUUGAAAUUAGCCUUGCAGUGUUUAUUCAAAGGUAGGAGAGCUGCAUUUGGAUUCAAGGGUAGUCUUGAUGCAGCUUAGCAGUUCUAAAAAAAAAUCACCAAGUACUGCAUUAAUUAGACACCAAAGAGAGUGAAACUCAUGGAAAGGAGUAUUAAUUGUCAGUGGACUAAGAUUCCAUGGGACUACAUGUUGCACAAACAGAAUAAAAAGGCUGUUUUAGUACCACUAACGAGUCUUUUCUCGGUGUGUAUUCUCUCUACCACCUCCACCUGUUUUCCUCUCUUUUUGAAUCUUUGUGUCCAGCUAUUUUGUUUUCAGUGGUGCUGUACUAGAGGCUCAUGCUUGAGCUGUAUGUGGUGAGCUGUCUAAAGAACCAGGUCAGUCCCCUGGAGCUUGCUUAGAUGUUUGACAUUUUAACUUUUUGUGGCUCCUGAAGUAAUACAGGGUAAAGGUACUAGGAGGCCCAUGGAGCAUGGAUCGGAGGGAGGGGGACCCACCUGUUCAGCCAGUGGAAGUGCUUGGGAGCUGGUCAGUGACCUCCCGUCUUCUCCUCAGGAACUAAGAACUAUCACAGACUUCGCCACCUUCCAUUCCAAGUGCAAGGCUCAUUUCUUUGAUCUUGCCUUCUUUAAUAUAAAUACAUAGGAACAGGUAUAGUUUAAAAAAAGAAAAAACUCUCCCAGUGGGCAAAGAUGAGAGAGCAAACAACACAUGUGAGCUGUGCAUUACUACUGCUGGAUGGUGCUCAGAUGCUACCAUGAGGCAUGCCAUAUAAAAACCUGUGAAAAACAGAACAGAAAAUAGCCCUGUUUACUUUGGAGCUGUGAGCAGUUGAUCUGUUAUGUGAUGCCUUGUUGAAGAUGAAGCUUAGGAUGUUGCUUAAAGGUGAUUAAAAUGACCUUUUACUUCAUUUUAAAAAAUAAUUUUGGUUCCAAUAGGUAUAAAAUAAUAGUCAAUUUUAAAUGCACUUUUCCAAUGUAUCAAAUAUCCCAAAAAAUCUACGACAUGUUGGCCUCUUCCAUGCCACUCGAUGGUAACUGGGAGAUCAGAGUGCAUGCUCAGAUGUCAUGAAUGAGUGGUAGCCAGAUAUAUCCCCUCCAUCACUGAGCUAACAAUAGAAAAAGGGUGUUUGAGAACCUCUUAGCCUGAAUGGUAAGUUUUGUAUAGUAGGAGCAAAUGGAGUGGGACACCUGGGUCCUUAGCUGAUGAGGUAGCCCACAUAUAUUGUGUAAUUAAUUGAUUUUCCGUCCUUUGAUUGACGUUCACCAGGAAAGAUGUAACUAAUAAACGCCCUGAUUACUUAAGAGCUUGUAACCAAAAGGAUGAAAUUGGCCCAUCAAGAUCUUUCAAUAUUAACUUUUAAAGAAUUGUGUGGCUGGAUAAUUCAGUAAGUGGCCCUAAUCUCUCUGAGUAGAUAUUGAAUUAAUAUUCCUUAGUGAUGCUAGGGGCACUGUCCUACCAAAGGUUUUGUCUUUUGGAGAAGACAAAAUAGUGGACUUGUCCACUUGUGAUCAUUAAAGGUCCAGUGACACAUUUCCUUAGAGUUUGCGUGUUAGUGCCGGUGGUCUGGCCAUUGUAGGGAUUUGCGUUCUGGCUCCUUCAACUCCCUUGCAGUUUCAACUGGCUAGUCAUUUUUUUAGCAUGUCCUGUCCUAACUUGCUUUGUAAUUUUGUUGUACACUGUUAAUCAGCUGCCACCUUCCAUGCAGGGCCGGCUCCAGGGGUUUUGCUGCCCCA